AUGAGCUGCCAGCUGCAUUUGCUCAUGAAGGACGAUGAUUUUUUACUAGGGCCUGAGACUGCGGCCACAGCUUCAACGACCUCGACCGCACUGAGGCACCUGUCAGCAGCGAAAUUCCGCCAAGGCGGGCCCUGCGACCACUUUGUCGGGACACAGGCGGGGCGGUUUUGGGCGGGCCGCAGUGACGUCACCGCUACGCGCUGGAGCGGCGGCGGACGGGUCGUCUGCACGGAGCAGCCGAAUCUCGGUCGCGAGAUGGCGUCCUUUGCAAAUUACACGUACGAAAAGUACGACGAGAUCCAGGCACUGUACCCUCUGCAGACUUCACCUUCGGAGCAAUUGGGACCAAGCGCUAUCACCGUGGACGAAGAGCAAGAAGUUGCUCGUAACAGAUCUGCAAGCGCGUCGCCUUAUCUCCGUCUGCAUUACCUGCCGUUUCCCUGUUUCAACCACCACAAGGAGCGAAUUAACACAAUUCGGAACGCCUUUCGCCAGGAUCCGCUCUCGGUGGGGAAGUCGCGGGCCUACUUCAAUCACUACAAUUUUCCGUCGGCGCAUUGGGAACCUGUUGGGUAUUUGGCCGAUGCAGGCUCCUUUUCCAUCGCGGAGUACAACGGACAUAAGAUGGCCCGGGCCCGGUUUCGUCCCCCGGUGUCGCCGAACGGUACGAUCGUGGAUCCGAUGCCGAUGAACUUGCGCUCCUGGUACGAAUCGUGGAUCCGGGAGCCGGCCUGGGAAGAGGUCGGGACCUACUUCUCGGGAAUGAACGGCGCCCAGUCCACCACGAGCGUCCUCCUGCUGCAGAGGAAGAAGGAACUCUACCGGGAGGUGGGCCAGGAAUGCUCGGCCGGUGAUAGCUUCGGAAGCGAGUGCGCCCACGUUGUCGAGCGACUCAUGCCCGUCAUAUUCGGUUACGGGGCGGACAAUAAGGCGACGGAGUACAACGAUACGACAAGUUUGGAAAAUGAGCUCCCAAAUAUUAAAAUCAGUGC